AUGAGGGAUGCUCAACUCCGAUACCCAAAGGCUGAAAGAGCGUGUCUAGCAUUGGUUCACGCAAUUCAGAGAUUCAGACAUUAUCUUUUGUCAAAUAGAGUUGUGUUGGUGGCCAAAGAUGAUCCCAUAAAAUUCCUACUGUCGAAACCUGCAUUAAUUGGAAGGCCGACAAAAUGGCUACUUCAGAUCUCAGAGUUAGACAUAGCAUGUGUCCCAUGUAAAGCAAUCAAAGGACAAGCAGUUGCAGACCUACUUGCUACUUUCCCCUGGGAAGACACUACAUUGCUGCAUGAAGAAGUUCCUGGUGAGUUUCCAGAAAUCUCGGUCAUCCAGGAAGAAAUAUGGCUAUUAUAUUUCGAUGGGUCCGCCACCCCGAGUAACGAUACUGGAGGAGCAGGAGUUGUGCUAGAUUCAGCGGAAUACAAAACUUUCCUCCUAGGAUUAUCACAUUCUUUCAAGAUGGAUUUUCACUGCACUAACAAUUCAGAAGAAUACAAAACUUUCCUCCUAGGAUUAUCCUUAGCCAAGCAAGCAGGAGCGAAGCAUCUGGAGAUUAGAGGAGACUCAAAGUUGUUGGUCAAUCAGAUGAAUGGCGAAUACUCUCUCAAGGAAGUAACACUCGCUCCAUUCAGGGCUGAAGCACAAAGGCUGCUAACUCAUUUCUAUGAUGCAAUAAUUGUGCAUACUGGCCGCACCAAAAACAGACACGUUGAUGGCUUGGCGACUCUUGCAUCCAAACCGCAAUUUGAAGGGUCCGAGAAGUCCAUCACUGUGCAACGACGUUCUAUACCAUCCACCUGGCUUACUCAAGUCGAAGACAUUCAAUCAAACGACUGGCGUACGCCCAUCAUUCAUGAAUUGAGCAGUUUUCUUACAGAAGGAAAAAUCAGUCUCAAAGAGUUGAAAAACUUUUUUCUACUACACGGAGUAUUGUAUUAUCGCCUGAUGGAUCCUUGUCACGAUGCCUUGGAGACGAGGAAGUAG